AUGUCCCAACCUACUACACAAUACUUUGCACGGAUACCUAAGACUGUUGGUCUUCAUACAGGAGCUCCCGAUUACACAUCGGUAUCAGGAUUUGCUUCCCCCUCAGAAGUUGUUAGACAGUCAUUAUAUUCGCCUAACGGUAAAUACUUUGCCUAUAAUACUGCUACUGGUGUCACUCUUAUUGAUCCUGAUUCUGGAUCUACCCUGAAAACUAUUGAAGUUGAAAAUACCUUAGACUUUGCAUUUUCUCCUCUUGGGUCUAUUCUUAUGACAUGGGAGCGUCCUAAACGUGAUGAAAGCCGUGGCGGCGACUUUGGCCCUAAUAUCAAACUGUUUAGAACUGAAACUGGAGAAUUUAUUUGCGACUUUGUUUCCCGUUCGCAGAGCAAUUGGCAACUUCAAUUUACUCAUGAUGAAAAGUAUUGUGCCCGCAUGGUAACAAACCAAAUCGAAUUUUACGAUUCGAAAAAUUUUACUAAACCAUGGGCUCGUCUUAGAGCUGAAAACUGCUCUAAUUUUUGUGUAAGCCCUGGUCAGAAUUACUCAGUGGCUGUUUUUACACCGGAGAAGUCUGGCAAACCUGCCAGUGUUCGUGUUUACCAAUUCCCCAAUUUUGAGCAACCCGUUUCUCAAAAAACUUUUUUCAAGGCUGAGAUGGCUAAGAUGAAGUGGAAUAAGCUUGGAACCGCCCUGCUUGUUCUGGGGUCCACAGAUGUUGACAAGACUGGAAAAUCUUACUAUGGUGAAACCAACCUUUAUCUUUUAGGUAUUGCAGGAUCGUACGAUUCCCGUAUUCACUUGGAUAAGGAGGGUACAAUUCAUGAUUUUGCUUGGUCUCCAAAUUCUAGAGAAUUUGGUGUUGUUUAUGGUUUCAUGCCGACUACCACGACGAUCUUCGAUGCAAGAGGUAACGUUGUUCAUACAUUCCCUAUCGCACCUAGAAACUCUAUUUUUUUCUCGCCCCACGCUCGAUUUAUUUUAAUAGCUGGUUUUGGAAACUUGCAAGGAGAUGUGGAUAUCUACGAUCGUCAAAAACAGUUUAGCAAAAUUUGCACAAUUGAGGCUUCGAAUACCUCUGUAUGUGAAUGGUCACCGGAUGGAAGAUACAUUUUAACUGCAACAACUUCUCCUCGUCUUCGUGUUGAUAAUGGAAUUAAAAUCUGGCAUUACACAGGCAAACUCAUUUAUACCAAGGAUUAUAGUGAACUUUUUGCUACAUCAUGGAGACCUAUUGAUGCUAAUCUUUUCCCUAUGCGUUCGACCUUGUCACCUGCUCCCACACCCCAUGCAUCUGCUGCCACCUCUGCAGGCAAGGGUAGCGCUUCUUCUGCAGAUACUCCACCUAAGAGUGCCUAUGUUCCUCCUCAUGCUAGAAACAGACCUGGUGCCUCUGGUCAUGUUGCCCCUACCACAUUGUAUGAGCUUGAGCAAUCUAAUAACAGUGUUCAACGCCAAGUGCCUGGUUCUGCUGGUCGCACAAUUGUUGGUGCUCCAGUUAAGACUGGAAAGAAGAGAAAUGGCGCCAACAAAGUUGCUGAGGAGCCUCUUCCUUCUAUUUCUUUUAAUGCUCCAGCCAGUGCUGAAGAAAAGAGAAUUCGUUCUCUUCUCAAGAAGAUUAGAGCUAUUGAUGAGCUUAAGGUAAAGCGUGCCAAAGGUGAGAAAUUGGAAGAUACACAGGUGAAAAAGAUUGCAACUGAAAAGGACAUUUUAGAGGAGUUGAAAUCACUAGGCUGGUCCGAAGAGAGCCAGAAUUAA